UCUGUCGGUUUCUGAGGAUGCGAUGGGCGGUGAGGUCAGUAAAAACCGAAAGAGCGAGGGGCCGGCUGCUCAGCGUCGAUUCAGCCACGGGUUCCUCUCGAACGUGGGGGUCUCCAUCGUUCAUAGACUCGGACACUCAGCUGUAUUUUCUCGCCCUGUGGGAGCAGACAGCAGGCAGCCCAUCAGACUCCUGUUGCCUCCAGAGGACGGCGCUGAGGCGUCCGGCGCAGACCGGACUCCUCCGGCUUUUAUCUCUGUCUUUCUGCCCGAGUUCCCACACCGUAGAUGUCCUGAUCAUUUCCAGAUCCUGGGCUUGAUCGCUAAAGGCUCAUUUGGACCCAUCCUAAAAGUCAAAGAUAUUUCCAAAGAGAAGAUCUAUGCAGUUAAGGUUCUGCCAAAGUCUGAGUUAUUGAAGCGCGGAGUCCUGGAGCAGUCAAAAGAGGAAGUCAUCGUUCAGCGGCAGGUCAAACACCCUUUUAUCCACAAUCUGCAGGACUGCUGGCAGACGCAGCGCCAUCUCUUCAUUAUGUGUGACUACUGCAGUACUGGUGACCUGCACACUUGUUGGUUGCUGAGGAGCCACUUUGGGGAGGAAGAGGUUCGGCUCAUUGCUGCAGAGCUGGGCAGCGCACUAGGAUUCCUACAUGACUUAGGAAUCAUGCACAGAGAUAUAAAAAUGGAGAACAUUCUGUUAAAUGAUCAAGGUCACCUUCGACUGUCUGAUUUCGGUCUGUCUCGCCGCCUGAAACGAGGAGGGCGAGCUUUCACAAUAUGUGGGACGAUCCAGUACAUGGCUCCUGAAAUCUUGAGCGGGGGUCCGUACAACCAUGCUGCUGACUGGUGGUCUCUUGGGAUUAUGCUGUUCUCACUGGCGACAGGAAAGUUUCCACUAACGGCAGAAAUAGACCACUGUCGCAUGCUGGCAAAGGUCAGAGAUUUUUCUUAUGCGGUGCCCGAGACGUUCAGCUCUGCUCUGAUCCUACUCCUCACUGAGCUUUUGUGCAAGAAUCCGAUGAACCGCCUUCGUAAUCUGGAGUGUUUCAAGAUGCAGACGUUCUUCCGUGGCACUUCAUUCGACCCUUACAUCCUCCAGAAGACACCGGUUGAAUUCAUCCUGGAGCUCAGGACGCACCCCGACUGGGCAGCCAAAUCCGCAAGAGGCUUUUCAUUGGAUUACUUUGAUAACUUUGACUGUGAUCAAAUUCUUCACUCCCCUGUGAGUCCCAGUGAAGUCAUAGGGUAGUCAAAGUCUCCUACUUUGGCCAGUGUGGACCUAAAAUUGGCUG